AUGGCGUCCGCGGCUUCACCCCGCCGGCUCGAGCUCGAGCAGUUCUCGUCCGCCGGCUCCCCCUCCUGUCCGCCCAUUCACUCGCCGUACACGAUGGCCGACUUCGCAGGCACCGUCUUCCUCUUCUUCGUCCAGGUCCUGCCUGGACUGCUCUACUCGGCCAUCACUUUCACCACCAUAACAGUGCCCACCGCCCUCUUCACGCUCUUCUCCAUGAGCCUGACCUUCACCAUGAACUUCACCACCUUACUGCUGAUAACCCUGUUCCUGGUCUCGACCGUCAGCUGGUUCGUCCGCUACCGCUUCCUGAACAAGUACUCCCGGCUCCCGCCCGAGCCUCAGCGGCAGGAGGCUCAGAUCGACCUCUUCCCGGACACCCAGGAUGGAGACUCAAAGCCGGGGCUCGCCAACUAUCUGGACGAGUUUCUGAGUGCUAUCAAGGUCUUUGGGUAUCUCGAACGGCCGGUCUUUCACGAAUUGACCCGCACGAUGCAGACCCGGAAGCUGAUCGCAGGCGAAACACUUCUGCUAGAGGAGGAGAAAGGCUUCUGUCUCGUGGUCGAUGGGCUCGUGCAGAUAUUCGUCAAGUCGGCCAGGGAGCGGGAAAAGGACGGGGAUAGCUCUGUGGAGGACUCGAUGGAGGAAGACGACGAGCACCACCACCGCCACCACCAGGGCUACCAGUUGCUGACCGAGGUCAAGAAUGGUGCUUCCAUGUCUUCUCUUUUCUCCAUCCUGUCACUCUUCAGCGAAGACGUGAAGCUCCGUCACGAAGAAGGUGCGGAGCCCAAUUCGUCCAGCCCCGUGAGCCCAACCCCCUUUGCCAACAGUCCGCGGUCUUCCUAUCAGGACCGCCAUCACCACCGUGAUAUAUCCCUCCAGUCAAGCGGCGGACGUCUUCCGACUGUCCCGCCCAUGACACUAGACGAUACAGCUUCCUCUCCCCAUUUCUCUACAGCCCAGACCCCGCCAAACUCCUCAGGGCACAACCGACGCCUUCCCAAGCGCUCGAGGACCAAUUCCAUCCACCCGGACAUCGUCGCCCGCGCCGUCGUCGAUACUACCAUAGCCAUCAUUCCAGCCAGUGCAUUCCGACGCCUUACUCGACUAUACCCGCGAGCAACUGCCCAUAUCAUACAAGUUAUCCUUACUAGACUACAGCGUGUAACGUUUGCUACAGCACAUUCAUAUCUUGGACUAACCACGGAUGUCCUGAGUAUAGAGAAGAAGAUGAACAAGUUUACCUCUUUUGAUCUGCCUAAUGAUCUGCGCGGCGCUCCACUGGACAGACUAAAGCAAAAGUUCCAGAGAGCUGUGCAGCGGCUUGGGCCUGAGGAAGGGACCAAGGGAAUCGCUCUGCAUAACCCGGGUGUCCACAAUAGGCGGAGAUCGAGUAGCUCACUGCGAAAGGACGCAGCACUCAGGGCAAAGAUCCCUAAUACGCCGGGCCAGCAUGGCUCGCCCACUUCCCCCAGUCUAGAUCGAGAGUCCGCCGGCGUCAGUCCGGGAGAUCUUCUCUCUACCAUCCAACUGUCCCGGUUUGGGCCACGAUACGGUAACGAUCGCCGGAUCAAGUCACGAAGCACAUUCCAUGACUCAAAUCAUCCAGCCCUCAGGACUCCAAUGCAUACCUCUCCAGACUCCAGUUCUCCAGCAAAACCCCUCUUCAACUCCCCAGCCGCCGUCCACGUAAAUGAAGAUGUCCUCUUCCGCGAAUCAAUACUCGACUGCAUGGUGAAAGCCCUGGGGCUAACAGCAAGUACCCGGGAGGUCCUCCCGCUCCCCAAGGGCUUUGGGUCAGCCGAUGCCUCCCCGCACUUGGUCUCGUACGACUCACGUAAACAAAAGGCUGUGUUUAACAAUGCCUUUGGCUAUAUCGAUCCCUACGAGGCAUCCGGGGAUGGCGACUCCGAGUCACAGAUGAGCAUGUCUGUCACCAGCGCGGGUGGGACACCCCCAAUAGCGAACUUGAAGUCUGAGCUGAGCGAUGAGAUUGAAAUUGUCUACUUCCCCAAGGGUUCGGUAUUGGUUGAGCAGGGCGAGCGGAACCCAGGCCUGUAUUAUGUCAUUGAUGGGUUCUUGGAUGUCGGUAUCCCAGUGAACGAUAAGGGAGAGGACCUGAUCGGUCCAUCCAGGGGCAACAUCCAUGCCAAUGAGCCCUUGUUACCGCUUAGACGGCCGUCGGGUAUCUCACAAGACCGUUUACCAACACAGACACAGCGGAAGAAGGCUUCUCGCCGCUCGCUGUAUAUGGCCAAACCGGGCGAUAUAGAGGGCUACAUUGGCUCGAUUACUUCAUACCGAUCGUUUACAGAUGUGACUGCUAAGACGGACGUGUAUGUCGGCUUUUUGCCGCGAGUAUGCCUCGAGAGAAUUGCGGAUCGAUAUCCUCUUGUCCUCCUCUCUAUGGCGAAGCGGUUAACCAGCGUUCUUCCUCGACUACUCCUACACAUCGACUUCGCAUUGGAAUGGAUACAAGUUAGCGCGGGCCAGGUCAUUCACCACCAGGGUGAUGAGAGCGAUUCAAUCUACAUCGUCUUAAAUGGACGUCUGCGCUCAGUUCUAGAGUCUGGAGACGGCAAAGUAAGCGCUGUCGGCGAACAUGGCCAAGGUGAAAGCGUGGGUGAACUUGAAGUCAUGACCGAAUCUACUCGUCCUGCGACCUUGCAUGCCAUUCGUGAUACAGAGCUGGCGAAGUUUCCCCGCUCACUUUUCAAUAGCCUCGCACAGGAACAUCCCGGGAUAACGAUACAAAUAUCAAAAUUGAUUGCGCAACGCAUGAAGCACCUUGUUAAUUCUAAGUUACUCGAGAUUGGAGGUGAAAAGGCACAAGAUGAUGCCAACGCUGUUACGUCGACACUAAAUCUGAGGACUGUCGCCAUCCUUCCCGUCACUUCUGGGAUACCCGUUGUAGAAUUCGCGAGCCGUCUACUCAGCGCAUUUAACCAGAUCGGAGUCACAGAUGGCGUUGCCUCACUUCACCAAGCCGAUAUCUUUAAUCACCUCGGCCGUCACGCCUUUAACCGGAUGGGCAAGUUGAAACUUUCACAGUACCUUGCUGACCUCGAAGAACGUUAUGGCAUGGUUCUAUACGUUGCAGACACCAGCGUCAAUGCCCCAUGGACACAGACCUGUAUCAGCCAGGCAGACUGCAUACUGCUAGUUGGUGUCGCCGGAGCUUCACCCAGCAUCGGCGAAUAUGAACGUUUCUUGCUAGGAAUGAAGACAACAGCCAGGAAGGAAUUGGUAUUGUUACACGCAGAACGAUACUCACCACCAGGACUAACAAGACAAUGGCUGAAAAACCGCAUGUGGAUUAAUGGUGGCCACCACCAUAUUCAAAUGACGUAUCGGGCGACGCCAGAACCAGCCCUGCCACAAAUCAAGCGAUUUGGCACUGUACUCAAGCAGCGUGUGCAGGUUAUUCAGGCUGAGAUACAGAAGUAUACAUCCCGCCGAAUCCGCCAGGAACCGCUAUAUUCUGCGACGACACCAUUUAAGGGCGACUUCCACCGCCUCGCGCGUAGGCUAUGUGGCAAGACAGUUGGUUUGGUCCUUGGAGGUGGUGGAGCACGCGGCCUCGCCCAUAUAGGCGUGAUCACGGCGCUUGAGGAGGCCGGUAUCCCCAUCGAUAUAGUUGGUGGUACAUCGAUAGGCGCAUUCAUCGGUGCUCUAUACGCUCGCGAUGCAGAUGUGGUACCUAUGUAUGGCCGCGCAAAGAAAUUCGCAGCCAAAAUGGGUAGUAUCUGGCGGUUUGCUCUAGACCUCACAUACCCGUCUGUCUCAUACACGACAGGCCAUGAGUUCAAUCGCGGGCUCUUCAAAGCCUUCUCUGAUAGCCAGAUAGAAGACUCGUGGCUCGAAUUCUACUGCAAUACGACGAAUAUUAGCCAGUCUCGGCUAGAGUAUCAUUCUUCGGGGUAUGUAUGGCGGUAUGUGCGUGCGUCGAUGUCACUGGCAGGCCUUCUUCCGCCGCUCUGUGACGAAGGUAGCCUGCUUCUUGACGGCGGGUAUGUUGACAACUUAACCGUUGCUCGCAUGAAAUCUUUAGGCGCGGAUGUGAUAUUCGCCGUGGACGUGGGCGCUAUCGACGACAACACACCACAGGUAUAUGGUGACUCCCUCUCUGGGUUCUGGACGGUUCUCAACCGGUGGAAUCCUUUCGCGAGCGUUCCUAACCCGCCCACUCUGUCCGAAAUCCAAGCACGUCUUGCCUACGUCUCGUCCGUAGACGCCCUGGAACGUGCAAAGAACACACCCGGCUGCCUGUACAUGCGGCCGCCCAUCGAUGGUUUCGGGACACUAGAGUUCUCAAAAUUCGAUGAAAUUUAUCAAGUCGGCUACCAAUAUGGCAAGGAAUAUUUGGAUAGGCUUAGGAAAGAAGGCGCACUCCCGAUGCAGGAGGAGACCGAGGAGAAGAAAAAUAUGCGACGGACCAUGGCACCCAGAAGGGCGAGUAUCUAG